CACAAUCGUGUCACGCGCCUACGACGAGGCACUACUACACACGUCGUUCACGCCGCAUCUAUCCAGUUCAUCGGCCAGUAGUGGACGAUCACGAUGAACAAACCGUGGAUCAAGAAUCCCAGCAAAGUCUUACCUCAGUUGAUGGUGGCAGUGUGGGCAACAUGGGGCUAUUUUUCCAUGGGUACCGUUCGCGGAUGGAGUUCUCCCGGCAUCCCAUCGUUAAAUCGGACGUUGGAUUUUGAAAUGUCUUCAUCUGAUUUCCAAUGGAUAUCUUCAUUCCCGAUGCUUGGGGCAAUGCUGGGCUCACUGUUCAUCAACAAGCCGAUGCAGUACUACGGCCGGAAGAAUGCUUUGAUUGGUCAUUACCUCAUCUUCAUUGGCGGAUUCCUCAUCACCGGAUUCACCUACUUCGGCAAACACAAAUCGAUGUUGUACGUUGGCCGAUUCCUGAUGGGAUUCGCUGCAGGAUGCACCACGCCCGCAGCACAAAUCUACGUAAGCGAAUGCGCAUCGCCAAGAAUUCGAGGUCGGAUGGGUUCAUUGACAGCGUCUUCCUUGGCUCUGGGCGUGUGGUUGACUUACAUAAUCGGAUCCUUCGUGGACUGGCACGUCCUCUCUUGGAUUCUCGGAUGCUUACCCAUCCUCUUUAUGGGCGGAUCUUUCUUGCUGCCGGAAUCUCCAGUCUGGCUCAUAUCAAAGGGCCGGAAUCAAGAGGCCCAACGUUCCCUUCAAGUGUUGCGUGGAAAAGGGACGAAUAUUGAAGCCGAAAUCGAGCGGAUCAAAGAGCAUCAGGAACGUGUCGCUAUUAAAAGCGGACAGGAUGACACGGUGAUGCAACAAUUUCGCGAUGUUUUAACUUCCGGCCCGGUCGUCAAACCUUUGGCCAUCUCAUUAAGCAUCAUGCUGUUCCAGCAGACCACUGGAAUCAAUGCCAUUGUAUUCUACACAGUCAGCAUCUUCCAAACAGCCGGAAGCUCAAUGGAUGGAACAUACGCCACGAUUAUCGUCGGUGCUGUCCAGUUAAUUUUCACCGUCGCCUCCGGUUUUCUUGUGGAUCGGUGCGGAAGGCGGAUGCUGUACAUUGUCUCCGCAAUUACCACGUCUAUUCCUUUGACGGCAAUGGGGACAUUUUUCUACUUUCAACAUCAAUGGGGCGAUCAAGAAGCAACGGAUUAUUUCGGUUGGCUGCCACUCGUUUCCCUGAUGGUUUUCUUCAUUACCUACUCGGGCGGGAUCAGUAACGUACCUUUCAUCAUCAUGGGCGAAAUGUUCCCUUUACGAUACCGGUCGCUAUUGGGAGGAAUCAGCUCCUCUUUUCAUUUGUUUUGCACUUUUGUGGUGGUCCGAUUUUUCCCCGACAUGUUGCGGGAGAUGGGCAAAGAUGGGACCUUUUACUUCUUCGCCGGAUGUACUUUAUUAAGCGCCAUUUUUGUUUACUUUCUUUUGCCGGAGACGAAAGGCAAAACUCUGGAAGAGAUGGAGCAAUUAUUCAGUUCAAAUAAUUUAAGUGAAUCGCGAAAAAGGAUCAACUGCUUAGACGACGUCAUAGCCAUGGAAAUUAGUCUUAACGGAACUGUUGUCCUUCUGGGCCGUUCUGAAACGAACGACUGUGAUACGGAAGAAUUACAACUGUCUGUCAACAAAUUGUAAAUGUGUAACAUACAUUCCAGUUAUAACCAAAAAUAUCGCCUGUAAAAUACGAAUUAUUAAAUACGCAAACUUCAACUUAA